UCGCCGCGGCCAUAACCGGGUACUACACUGAGCAUGCGCACCACGCAACCAACCAAGUGAAGCGCGGACAUGAUCGAUUUGUUGCAGGAAACACGGCGAGCUUCUAACCAGACUGGAAUACAAACAUAAAACUGUCAUUGAUAGUUUGUGGAAACAUAGCUAGCAAGUUUAUUUCCAUACAUAUUCAUUGAACAUUUAGGCGAACAUACUUGAAAACAACAGCUUUUGCAAGCAGGAAUAAUAAUGUCCAUCGUGACAGUGCAACUUGGACAAUGUGGCAACCAGGUAGGCCAAGAGUUGUUCGAGGUGAUCAGCAAUGAUGCAAAUGAUACGCAAAGAAAGGUUUACAGUGAAUGCAGCAGUGAGCGUUUCUUCAAUGAGACUGCAAAGAGAGAACUCGUAGCAAGGUCAGUGCUGAUUGACAUGGAACCCAAAGUCAUCUCACAGAGUAUUGCAAAGACUGCCAAAUCUGGGAAGUGGAGAUAUGGGGACCGUUCACACUUCAGUCAGAAACAGGGUUCCGGAAACAACUGGGCAAAUGGAUACUGUGUCCAUGGACCACGUCAUGAGGAGGUAGUGAUGGACAUUGUGAGGAGGGAAGUGGAGCACUGUGACUGUCUGGCAGGAAUCGUGGCCAUGAUGAGUGUGGCAGGGGGCACAGGGUCAGGGGUGGGCACAUACGUUACUCAGUGUCUCCGGGAUGCCUACCCAAACUCCUUCAUCCUCAACCACCUGACAUGGCCCUAUGGCACUGGAGAGGUGAUAGUCCAGAACUACAACUCUGUGCUCACACUGUCACACCUCUACCAGCUCUCAGAUGCCAUCCUGGUUCAUGAAAAUGACACGGUUCACAAGAUCUGUGCUCAGCUCAUGAAUAUCAAACACAUAUCAUUCAGGGAUGUCAACAAAGUCAUCGCCCACCAGCUAGGGAGUGUUCUGCAGCCUGCACUCACUGGUGGCUCCCAUGGUAUCUACAAUAGAAACCCCAUAGGUGAACUGAUGAGCAGCCUGGUGUGUCACCCAGAGUACAAGCUUCUCAGCGUGUGCAACAUUCCCCAGGUGUCCAGCUCCUCUAUGGCUUACAGCAUGUUCACCUGGCCGGGCCUGCUCAAACAUCUACGUCAGAUGCUCAUUGCCAACUCCAAAAUGGAGGAAGGCAUCGACUGGCAGGUGCGAGCCCCCUCUCUCCAGCCUGAAGGGAUAGAGAGGACCGGGAGUCACAGACGACCAGGCUUCAACACCUCCCUGGCCAACCUGCUCAUACUGCGGGGGAAGGAUGUGAACAAUGCAGAGAUAAGUGGAUUUCAGCAUCCGAGUCUAUAUACCCCCUGGCUUCCAGCAGAUGAGGCUUUCAGCAUGUGGAAAACACCAGUCCCGUUUAACAAGUAUGAGAAGUCUGCUAUACUGGUCAGCAACAGUCAGACUCUGUUGAGGCCUCUGGACAACAUGGUGGGGAAAGCCUGGAACAUGUUUGCCUCCAGGGCCUACAUUCAUCAAUACACUAAGUUCGGGAUCUCAGAGGAGGAUUUCUUGGAUAGCUUCACGUCUCUUGAACAGGUCAUUUCUAGCUACAGUCAACUUUGAUGCUACGAUACUGUUUGGAUAUGACGAAAACCAGGAUUCACUCCAACUGCAAAUUUGGACAAUGCACUUUCAAGUGUACCUCUGCUGCCGACUCUGUUGUCGUCGCUUGGCGUAGCUCUGAGCCAUGGAGUUGAUGAUGGAGAAGAUAAAGUAACAGACCAUGACCAGAACCACCUUCUCAAAGACCCAUGACAGCCAGUUCUCAGUCUGCACAGAGAGACAUGCAUACAGAGGAAUAUUACUCUUGACUAACACGAAUGCAUUACAAUUUGUAUUAUCUUGGCAAUCAAUAAAAUCACAUGCUUUGUCUUGA